GGACACUUUCUCUGCGGACACAGAUGGCAAUAUUGGAUCACCUGGUGCGCCAACCAAAUAUGAAGCAAUCUUCCAAGCUGUUGGAAAACAACCUGAGGUAAAUUUUCGUUUCCGACUUUACUCAGUCAUUAAAUAGCAUGCAUAUUCGUGAUAAAAUCGUGAAAGUAUAUUAUAUCUAAUCUUCUGCAGAUCAGCCUGUCCAAAGACUGUGACGAUGAAGACGGGUGUGAACAGGGAAGUAGAAGUGAAGACCGAAUACCGAAAAAAGAACUUCUAGCUGCAUUAGAAAAGGUGAUAUUACGAUGCCAAUUCACAAACCACUCCCCCCUCCUUAUUGCGCAAAACUAAAAUUUUCCUUUACGAAGAUGUUGCAUAUGAUUUCACCUAACUAACCUUAAUUACUGCGUUACUUGAAGGAAUUUCAAAUUUAAUAUGUGAAGACCUUAAAUUCAGGUACAAAAUGGGCAUUUUCACAUGUGAGAUUUUCCGAUUGGGCACAAGGUGAAAUUUCCAUUAGGGUUAAUUUAGACAGCAUGCUAGUCAAACGUAAUUAUUGCGGCAGAUAUAGACCAACUUAACUUGCUAUACAAAUUAUCCAUUCCAAUGUUUAUUUACACUUUUGAAACAUGUCGUAUUUUGGUGGCAUUGCCAUGAUCAUGCGAACGCACUUUUUCGUACUUCAACAACAUUAAGCAGAAAAGAACCCAUUUCCUAAAAGUGCAAAUAAACACUAAAUGCAUGUGCAAUUUGCAUACAAAGUUCAUUUGGCGUUCAUAGACGGAAAACGUUUUCUAACGAGCGCUAGCAAUGAUAUCAAUGCUUAAAUUAAACGGUGCAGGUCAUGCAGGUGUUGUCGAAGAGUGUAAAUAUAUAUGUAUCAUUUUAAAAUAAGUAAUAGUAUGGUUUCUUGUGCAAUAUGCAUGGAAAAACAUAUGCACGUAGCAGUUUUUCAACGACCUCGAGUCUUCCAGAGACUCGUGCAUGCUUUUUAUUGCAAAUUGCACUGGGAACCAUUCUACGUAUUCCCUAUACAAAGUAGCUCAAAACUAUACGGUAUUAAUUUGUUUUAAGGACAACCCACCCGUUGCCGCUUUUACUGGAGAGAAGCAUGAUAAUAACAAUGGUGGCCCUUCAUACGAGAUUGUUUCCAUGUCAACUAGAUCAAAAGAAAAUGUAAGUUGUUGUACAGCUAUUUUUGUUUAUUAUCCAUUUUGUUUUCUAGAUUUUAGUUUUUAUUCAAAUCCAUAAACUUAAUGCAUUGCCUCCGCAGUAGUAACUUAAAGUCUUGUUCAGACAAGUCGAACAUCGUUCAACAUUCUUCGCUCAAUAAUGUAAAAACAAUAUAAUAUAUAAUAUUAAAAAAAUUACCCACUAAAUAGCUAUAUUAAUAAGCUAAAUUACAAUGUGCUGCAAAUACAGUUUUUACUAUUUUUAGAAAUUGAUUGAGAAUAAUAUAAGAACUAUUUCUUAUAUUUUCUUAUAUUAGGUAUAUAAAACCAUGCAAGAAUGGUACGAUUUUCAAAUCUAAGGGUUAUGAAGUGUUAAAUUGCAUGUACUUAGGGAGUAAAAAUUACUCCAAAAAUGGAGUAAAAAAGGGAGUAAAAUUUACUCCAAAAAAGGAGUCGUUCUGUACCUUUUUUUUACUCCACCCUUGGAGUCAUUUGACUCCUCGAAAUUAACAGUGUAUUUAUUGUAUAAAUCAUGAUAAGUCUCGGACUAAAUCUUUUAGCUCUGCACACAUAAUUAUAAUAUUCUAAGCCAUCUGUCGACCUCGUCUCCCUCUGUCUCAUAAUUUUGAAACCUUCAUUGACAGAAGAUGUUAAAGUUAAUUUUGUCGCCGAGGUUUGACAUUUUCUUAAUCGUGUGAACACACAUAACAUGCAUGUCUACGUUCCUUUAGGGUUUUGAAAUUGGACUAAGGUAAUGCAUGAUCAUAGCUCAUAGGCUACCAUGGAGGAGUAUCCUUAGCACAUAGGCUACCAUGGAGGAUUAUCGUUUGUAACCUCAUUGGGUGAAAACUUUGAACAAAGUUAAACCCAAUCCGACAUCAGCCAAUCCCAACAAAGUGUUCAAAAAACAAGGGCAACGCUCGAUGAAGUUCGAUCCACAAGUUGGCCUCGUUUAAUUAAAGAGUCACUGUCAACGACAAUGCAUUGUGCGCCUUGGCGGCCAUUUUAAUGGCGGAAUAAUAGAUGUUUCGGUUUUCAAUUCAUAAUAGAUUACUACCAUCCUAUUGUUAUACUUGCUCAUUUUAACGUUUUUAUACUAAAAUUGCACCAAAAAAUGUUUAUAAUCUUCAUUUGUUGCUACUGUAUUUGUCACUUCCGAAUGUGAGAUGUAAACAAAUGCAUUGUGGUUGACAAUGACUCUUAAAACACACCUUGAAUAUUUUAAGCAUUUGCCCAGAGAACAAGUUGGCAUGAAAACUGGUUGUCCAAAAUUAAAUUCAUUUGCGAUCUAAUCUAUACAGAUUUAUAUCGAGGACGUGGACGUCAAAGACGAUGUCAAAAACGACGUCAAAGACGACGUGAAAAUGGCGUGUUGUGCCCAUGCAUGUAUGGAUAUGCCACGCCAUUUUGACGCGAUUUUCAAGUUGUCUUUGACGCCUGAGUUCUCGAUCAAUAUCUGUCUAUUGACAAAUCCGAAGCAAAUGAUUUCGACAAGAAUCAACAAGUUCAAUUAAAGACUUAAACAUAUAAAGACUGAUUUCAGCUGAUUUAUGAGUAAAGAAUAAAAAAUAGAAUGCAUAUUAACAUAAUCAGGUAAAACAACUUGCCCGUUCUAAAGUCACAAGAAAGAACUUCAUGCUCGUAAUGAUUUUUACUUGCCCCGGGCUAGUGAGCAAAGACAGCAAGCACUACGUUACACCUGAAUUUUACUGAAUUUUAUCAUUUUUUGCUACUCUGCUCGAUAGUUAUGUACUUUCUUUUUUUCAGGAUGAGAUAAUUUAGGAUUUUUAGUCGUACUUCUCUUUAGGACUUUCAGUCGCACAAUGUUUAUUGUCUGCCACAUAAAGUAUAUGUUUCUAAAAAGUGUUCAUUUUGUAAUCUGGAUAUAUAGAAUCGACGCCAACAUUUAUUAGGCCUAUAAGUUCAAUGAUUUGUCAUGCUAAGGCAUGCCCAUAAACCGACUUAAGUAAGGUUUUGAAUACCUUGGGCUUGUUAAGAAUAUGUAGUACCAGAAAAAUGCAAGUAGGUAUAGAUAACAAGAGUUCACAUUGUAUGUGGCAUUUAGCCGGUUGAAACAUGCAAAGGAAUACCUGAUCGUACUUUGUUUGAUCAAAGUUAUGAUUCCAUGCUAUAUACUUCAGAACGCAGUGCGUGUAUAUUUUUGUCCCUCCAUGCAGCCUUUUGAUCCCUCUCUAAAUUAAGUCCCCUUAUCAAUAUAUAUAUAUAUAUAUAUAUAUAUAUAUAUAUAUAUAUAUAUAUAUAUAUAUAUAUAUAUAUAUAUAUAUAUAUAUAUAUAUAUAUAUAUAUGCCGCCCUUCUAAUAUUCUUGAACUUAGUUCAUGGAUUUAGGGUAUUAUUUGGAAAUCAUUUCGCGCGAUAAAUAUGAGAAAUGUUGCAAAAGGCAUUAAAUGUACUGAAUUAUUUAAAAUGUUUAUCCAGGAUUCGUCACCACUUGAUGCGUUUACAACAAUCGAGUCAUCCGAAAGUUCGUCAAACAAAGGAAGUUCCGAAGCAAUAUACGAAAUUAUAUCUCAAUCAAUAGAAAAAGGAAAUAAAGUAAGAAUCCACGUGUCAUGUUGUUCCAAUUAUUUUUUAUUUUGUUUGUUAGAAUAUUUUUUCCCCUAAGGAACUUUCCAACGAGGAUUGUGAUGAUGAAGAUGAUUGUGGCAGUGCUGAUGGUGUUUUCAGUAAUGAUGGUAGUGGCGAUGAAGGUGUGAAAGGUCUUUCUCCUCCAAAAGACAAGGUAUGCCUGACUGCAUGUAAUCAAUUACGGGUUUUAUUGUUGAUGGUCGUAAAACAAAGACAUUAGCCGAAACUAUGGUAAUCAUUAAAAAUCAUGCUCCAUUUGAUUAUUUUUCACAUUCUUUAAAUUAAUGGAAAACAACAUUUCUGUACUGUGUAUAUUUCUAUACACUAUUGAUUUCACCCAUUUUUAAAAUAAUGUCACAAUUAGGUCGAAAAUAUAUGUAUAUAUAUUUGAGAAACAAAUCAAAUGUUUUUUUUUACAUAGGACUCCGAAAAGACAGCAUACUAUGAAGUGAUAUCAAAAUCCAUGGUUGGAAAAGAUGUAAGAUUGGUAAAAUAAAUACUGUGCAAAGAGGAACAUGAACUCCAAAGAAAACUUUCAAACCUAUCUUGAAAUACGUGUUAUUAUUAUAUUCUCAUUUUGAAAUCAUGGCUGUAAUACAUUUUCACCACGGUAUGGUGAAAAUUAAAACGUUUUGUGGAAAAUGAGAAUUGAUUCUCAGUUUUUAAUUAUAUUUUUUAGGAUUCAACACCGACGGACGCGUUUUCGACUGGCAAGUCAUCUAAUAUUUCGUCAAAUGAAGGAAAUGAAAAAGUAAUAUACGAAAUAAUUUCUACGUCGUUGGAAAAAGGCGAUAAAGUAAGAACAAUUUGCCGUAUAUAAAUUCUUCCUCGAAAUCCAAGUCUCAUGAAUCUUCAGAGAUGCUAACUUAAGUAUCAUGCUAAAUUUUACAAAUAUAGAACUUGAAACAAACCUUAAUGCGCUCACUUUCGAACCAAAAUAAAAGUUAUAUUUAAUAUGUCCAAUCUGUCCCAGCGGAAAUUUCAAUUUCACAUAAUAACAACAAUCUAAGUUGAAGCUGCAAAAUAUAUCAUAAAGAAUAGUAUAAUCUCAUUAGCAUGCAUUGCCAUUGUCUUGACUCGAGCCUGCUUAUGGUCUUGAUAGUUUUCUAUAUUAUUUAGCUUUUCAUGAUCUUAACUUAAAAUAUAAUUUAUUAUUAUUUAACUUUUUCCUCGCGUUUGCAACAUGUAUAUCCUGCUAACCCCAGCAUAUAAUCCUCAUGCAUACUGAGGGGUUUGCUGUAAUGGGAAUUCUCACGCCACUUUAAUGAUAAAUCCUAUUUUUACAAUUUUCUAACUUAGAUUUGAAUCCCAAGUUUUGUAUAAACUUUCCUUUGAUAUUUUUUAUAUAUCUCCCCUAAUUGUGACGUCAUUUGAUUAAGUCUAAAAAACUAGGUGGCAUUCGCUGGAUAUUUUGGUUUCAUUUUCUCAGAGAUUGACAUAUAUAGAAUUUGUAUAAAAUGAUUUGUCAUUUGUAAAUAAUCUCAACAUUAAUAUUCUUCCAAAUUAUGCAAACAUAAUUGUUGUUGUCAUUUUCCUUUAAAUAUGUACUUUUUAUAAACAUCUGUAAAUUCCCAGGACAAAACACCAACGGACACUUUUACAAACGAAGAGUCGUCCGGAAAUGGUCCGUCAGAGAAACGAAAUGGAGACGUUAUAUAUGAAAUCAUUUCUAAAUCUUUGACGAAUGGGAACAAAGUAAGGAAGCUUUCUUCAAUAUUGUUGUUUUAAUAUUCUAUGAUAAUGGCGAGUUUUACUUAUAUUCAUUGCAGUUUAAUCGGAAAGGAGCCCUAUUGAAAAUCUGCUGUUAUUCUUAUGUGGAGCAUAAGUCUAAAAUCCUAUGACCCUCUUCUUGCUACUAUAAUGAUCUAAAUGAGCAAAGUUGUAAUAAAUUAUAGCAUUGAGUAAGUAACGGCUAGCUAAUCAUUUACACAGAGAGUCAAGGCAAGAGCUCAAUCUAAUCGAGUCUGAAGGCUAUUUUCAUUGUAUUAAUAAAUGCAUUUAUUGAUGAAAUAACUAUUUGAAUCAAAGGAUGGCAUUUACUAUUCCUUUUAUUCAAUUAGUUACUUCACAAGUAAAAUUUAUUAAUUAAUAAAUCAUUUAAACUUUUCCGUGCAUGCAUGCAUGCACGCACAUAUGAAAAACGCUUAACUUAAAGUGCAUAUGACAUGAAUUAUUUUAUGUUCUUAAAUGAAAGAACUCUUUAAGCUGUAGUGUAACUUAUUUUUCAGUUUCUUGUUUUCAUGGUUUGUCCCCGAGAUAUUUUAAUUUGUUUGGUAUGUAAAUGAGUGUGAAUAUGUUCGCUAAUUUAUGACGUAACGUUGGUUGCAAGCUCAACUUACACUGGUUAUAAAUCUAUUAACUCUAAAAACUGUAGAUAUUAGUUCACGUUUUUCCCCAGUGUUGAAGUUAGAAAUUAUUAUCUAGGAUGAUAGCCGUGAUAUUCAACCAUUUUGAAGAGCUUGCAACCAACGUGACGUCGUAAAUUAGCGGACAUAUUCACACUCAUUUACAUACCAAACAAUUUGAAAUAUCUCGGGAACAAACCAUAAAAACAUGAAACUGAAAAAUAAGUUACACUACAGCUUAAAGAGUUCUUUCAUUUAAGAAAAUCAAAAAAUUCAUGUCAUAUGCACUUUAAAAGGAGCCUAUAAAGUCUUUGUAAGAGCGCCUCUGCAUGAUUGCCACCUGAUGACUAAUGCCUGGUUUUUAAUUUAUCCAUACCCUCGCUGUCAACAAUCCCUGUGAGAGCAGACACCAGGUAUUCGGCAGAGCAACGACACGACUCUUUUCAAAUAAGUGUCCCCGAUCCGUAGCGAGAAUCGAACCCACGAUCUCAAAGGUGAAAGGCGCUUGCUCCGAUGAUUGAUCGAGCGAAUCCCAAUAUUUCCCUCUAACCUCUCUAUAAUAUCUUGACACGAAACCUCCCAAAUUUGGUAACAUUAAGAAAUUAACAGCUUUUGAGUUAUGCAACAUAUUUGCAUGAAAGAUUAAGUAAUAUUUUUCGUCCUUCUUGGUAUAGGAGGUUCCCAAGAAAGAUUGUGAUGAUGAAGAUGAAUGUGGCAGUGCGGAUGAUGUUUUCAUUGAUCGUGAUGACGUUCCCAAAGGUCUUGCUCCUCCGAAAGAAAAGGUAUACUUAUCGGAAAGAGUGCAGCUAAUAGAAUACAAAACGUGGAAAAAAUAGCUGUGAAAUCGAAACGUUAUCAAAAGAUGUUGUUAUGAUAGCCAUUGAGGCAAACCAAAAGCUAUAGAAGCAUCAGCUGUUUGAGUCGUGCACCAGUAGGAAUUUGAUUUCAGGAUCCAUUCUGUUCUCCAGGCCCUAGUUAUCUCAUGGGAAUAUCAUACUGAGAACUAUAUCACAAGUGCAAACGUUACCCGGAAAUUUUAACAAGAUCGAAUUAAUUAUAAAAUGCAGUUGAGCUUGUAAACUACAAUACAUUUUUAUGGUUGCUACGCGGUGAUAAGAAAUCGUGCAACUGACCAAUAAAAUACGAUUUUCCUGAAAGUUGAACUGUGAUUGGCUGAAACGAUCGCUAGUUAAUUAUUGAAUAUUGUUGCUGUAAAAAUUGAAAAAGAUGACUAAUUUUUCAUACGAUUUUGGAGGCCUUGUAGCAAUUGUGUGUGACAUUCCCAUGUUGCAGCACGGCUAGGUUCGCUUUGUCGUCAAUAGAUAUCAUUCAAAGCUUGGUGAUUUCCGAUGAAAUUAAAUCUAUACGCUUGGCUAUUUAUGUAUCAUUUUAGGCGUUCUUAUAAAUGCGACAAACUUAAUUUUUAUUGAAAGGGUCUGUGCCAGUGUAUCGAGUGUCAAUAAUAACAAAAGUUCGUUUAGUAAAAUCUAACUUGCGUCCACAAUAAUUAGAUCGUGUAAUUGUAAAAAUACACUAACUCCAAUUUCCGAUUUAGAAUGGAUCAUCGGAAAAGAUAAUUUUUUAUGAAGUGAUAUCAAAAACAAUGGAGAAAAAAGAUGUAAGAUGAAAUGCUUAAACACCAUAGAAAUAAUAGAUAUAGAAUGCGUACUUGAUCACGAAUCAUGUCUCCACUUUUUCUCAUGCGUGCCCUUAUAAAUCCGCAUGUUGAAUUUGUCUAGGAGUGCCAAAUACAAAAUAUAAACAAUGCUAAAACUACGUUUUCAUCGUCAAAACGUUUUUCUUGUUGUCUAGUUUGCAGUUUGGGGAUAGAUUUUGAGUUCUUUGAAGGCAUAAACUGUCAAAGCAAUUGUGCAGUUACAAAAACGGUGAAAAUAGUGCAGCCUUGUAAAAACAAAGUAGUUUCGCGUAAAUAUAAUUUACUCAAAUUCACUGUUUUGCUAAUAUUUAAUAAGAUUACAAAAUAAUAGUUCUUCUCUUCGUCGUCGGGUUUCUUUUUCUUCAAUGUAAACGAAGUGUUUGACAUGUUCUUGAAACAAAAAUAGUUAGUUGUCGAUAAACUGUAAAUUGUCUAAAUAAUCGUCGAAAACUAUGGUUUCAAAAGCGUUGCCUCAAGCUCAAGCAACGUAGAAAAAUAUGAAAAGUAAUUUUGUAAGUUGAACUUCAUUUAUAGUAUAAAAGAGUUGAAAUAUUUAGAGAACAUACCGUUUCAGUUUGUCUUGAUCUUUCGGGUUUUGGCUUGCACAACAACGUUGAAAAUUUAUUUUUAAACGAUGAUUUCUGUAUAUGUUCUGUUCAGAAAUGCUGCUUUUCGUAAAAAAAGCCCACCAGAAUGGGUUUUUAGACACUUUUUUCACUUUAUUAAACUUUUUUUUUCAUUUUAAGUCUCGAUAUAAAAUUUUUUGCAAACUUUGCAGUUGAAAAAACAAUUCGCACUCCCUGCAACCGCGCUAAAUUCCCCGCCUCAGGAGUCUGGGACCAACCCAAAAUGCCCUUAUAAAUCCGUCAUUUUGUGGAGACAAAUUUUUCACUGAGAAAGAUUGGAGUAGGCAUUCUAUAUCUAUUACCGGACAUGACGUCAAAAGGAGAAUUUUGUUGCAAUGAUACAAAGGAAAACUGAUUUGCAAUUCUCCUUUUGACGUCAUGUCCGAUAACUUUAAGGGCUAAUAAAUCCAUCAAGAUGAAAUUUUUCAAAAGCACAAUGUAUUGCAAAGUGUCUUAAAAUACCCUAAACUUUCGAGAUACGCAAACUCCAAAACCAUGAUAUAAGCACUUUAAUCAAUUAGUGUAUCUAUAAGACUUUUAAGGUUUUAUCAGAAUGCCACUGUGAAUAUUGACUAAUUACCGAAAAGUCUGUUUCUAAUUUUACAAGUUAAAUUUCAUGCCUUUAAAACUCUACUUAUAGAAUUUAACUGACGUGUUCACAGCAGAAAAAUCAAGUGGCAGUUCAAUAAAGAAAGAAAAUGAUGGCGUGACGUAUGAGAUUAUUUCUAAAUCCAUGGAGCCUGGUGAUAAAGUAAGUGAAUAUUCAAACUUUGUUCAGAUUUUUGCUCAACGACCGUGGAGCUAAAAAAUUAUGUAGGCCUAGUUUGUCCCAUUUAAAAGAAUGUUUAAAUAUGAGGCAGUUUUUUAUCAAGCUUAUAACUAUCGGAAUAUUUUUGACAGAAAACAAUGAGCGUCCGUAAUUUAAUGCUUAAUAACCUCAUUGGCGCUGGUUUUGAUGAUUUCAAGCGUGAGGUUAGCCUGAUACAAUCACCUCUAUAAGUGAACAACAAGUAAAGAUCAAAAAUUGUUUAAAAUCUUUAUUGAAUUUGAAAUUUGAAAUAGAAACUAAAAAAAGGUUUUGAGCGCGUAGUUAUGUCUGGCUAUCAAGAUUUACUGUAAAAAAUUGUUUCGCUUUCCUGAUUGGCUAAUGUGCAUUAAAAACGAGUUUUACCAUCAGAAAUCUAUUGGAAAAAUUAUGUAUCAAUAUAGUAAAAUAAGUUAUCUUACUUUUGCAAGAUAUCUAAAAAAAGUUGUGAUGAUGAAGACGAGUGUGGCAGGGUGGAUGAUGUUUUUGUAAAUGAGGGAAGUGGUUACAAAACUACCAACGGUCAGUCCCCUUCCAAAGACAAGGUUAGUACACAAUUCAUUAAGCUAUAUAAAAAAAAAUUCACUGUUUAUUGUGGAAGAGUUUGAAAUUAUGGUUCAAUAAACGCUACUAGAUAUAUCCAGGACAUUGAUUAUUUUUUUUUUGCGACAAUUCCCAAUGCAAAUGAUGUUUUUAUGAAAUUUAUUGGUUUGCCAAAAACGUGCAAUAUGCCCUAUAUGUACAUGGGACAUCGCAUAAAUUGGUUUUAAGCGCUUGACGUCAAUAUAAGAUUGCUGUAUAGUACAGUAAUGAUCCAAACAUUUUAUAUCAACCAAUUGGGACAACAAAUAUGAAAUUCUUCACACUCAACCAAAAGUUUAAAAGUAACCGGGGAUUUGCUAGCUAUAUAAUCAUCCUUUCUUGCAACUGAGAGCUAAGCUGUGUUGCAAACGACGCAGCGAGUCGAAGGUUUUCUACUUCACGUAUAACCGUUUUAGAGACCCUUGAAAAAGCGACAGUCAAGCCGCAUGUAAUAAUGGGAAAUAAGAUUGUAAUAUUUAUUCCAGGAUGUGCCGGGAGGAACAAAGUAUGAAAUUAUAUCAACGUCAAUGGAGAAAAAAGAUGUAAGUGUAAAUUUUCAGAUAGUGAGGUUUUCGUAGCCUGUGUACGGACUGUAUUAUGCUGUAAUACAGCGUGUGUAAAUUCAUGUAAUUGCAUGCUUGUCGAUCCACAGCUGCGCUAUCCCGAUCUGGUAGUUGAUUCUGACUGAUUUGUCUUAGUUUUAGACACAGUAAACUCUGGCUGGCUGAGCUGUUCUGACUUUUAAUAGCGCAAACAGAUCACAUUACGCUGAGGAAUUGCCAUUAUUUUCAACUCCUUGUUGCUCGCAUUUCAUUUGCUCAAAGAGAUAUCAUAUUAUAAUCUGCAAUAGCUGCAUUACAAACAUGCUAUCGCACAACGCAAUUUAUAGCACAGCCCAUUGAUUUUGACUCGCUCUUCGUUGGCCUGGAAUAUUUGGACGUGCUUAUCAUUCAGUUUCAUUCGUGGUUAUCAUUCAUUUUUCUAGAGAUUUAUUUAGUGCAUACCAUACCAUCUAUAUAUGGUCCGUAUAUUCAGCUAUCUUAAAACAACUUAUUACACCAUGAUAGUGAAUUCAAUUAUUUUAAAUUGUACCCAGGAUUCAACACCAACCGACGUUUUUACAGUAGACGAGUCGUCCGCCAUUUAUGAAAUUAUUUCGAAAUCUGUGACGAAAGGAGAUAAAGUAAGAACUUUAAUAUUGUACAAAUGCAGUCCAUUAAAUGCAAACGAUCUUAUGUACGUAUACGUGUUCAUUUUAUGAAAUAGAGAAAGUAGUAUAACUGAAAAUUUAAGUCAAUAUCCAAUAAAAAGGAUAUUGAUAUAAAAAUAUCCUACUUAAAAAAGGAAGUAUAAUUUGUUUAUUGAGACCACAACUCCAAUUAAUACAAGAAAUACAGUAUGCAGUCAUUAUCAUAGGAGACAUCCAUAUCCAUUCUACUGAAUUUUUAUUUUUCUGACUCAGACUACAUUGGGGAAACUAAUUGCAGAUUGGUUUUGUAGAUGGAAAUUUCGAUUGUGAAUUGUAUACGUUUACACUAGAAAACACAUGCAUGCAUGCAUGCAGCAACCCCUCGCCUUUCUUAACAGAUAAAGUAUAAAACUCCACAUAAAGUAUUAAGACCAUAAUAAACAAACAUAAAAAAAAACAUUCGCUGCAAUUUCAUGUAUACCUGCUUGCAUUAAUAAAAUACAUUAUUUAUUGUGAAUAAUCGAGUUAAGAAUGGCUUAAAAAUUUCGCAGAUUUGAAUAAAAUCGACAACACAAAGCAAGUACGGAAUGGAAUACUGAAAUGUUUUAUACGCUUACCCAAAACGGCACAACAACAAUUAACUAAAUUAUGCAAAAUAUCAACUUCAAAACAAUUAUUACAAACUUUGUUUCACGGUUAACAGCCAUUAAUUCAUGAAACUGCAGAAAAAGAAUUUUUGUACACUUUUGCAAGCUUUUUUACGAAAUUUAAAACAAACAAAUUGCUGUAAAACAGCAAAAUACGUCCUUUCAAAAUGAAAAACAAUUAUUUAGGCAGAGCUUGUACUCGCGCAUGCGCAUAACGUUGAAAACCGUCCUUGACAUAAACAAAAUGGAGGACAACUUUGAACUUUGCUAUGUUUUCACAUACUCGUGUAUAAUUAGCCGUGCGGAAUUAGUACCCUCGCCCCAGGUUUACGCCAGGAACGGUUCGUUGAAAAUGCAGGUUGCAUUACAUUUACGAAGAACAAAACUAUAUAGGCCCGCAGGCAGUAACUGCAACUGUGGCCCUGCGAUUCCCGUGCAGUGCUCUAACCAAGUGGGCUACCGAGGCCGGCCAGUUGUCAAACUCUAAACACAUGUUCAUGUAUACAUAACACUUCACCACCUUUUCAGGUUCCAUCUAACAAGAACUGUGAUGAUGAAGAUGAAUGUGGCAGUGCUGAUGACGUUUUCACUAAUGAUGGCAGUGGUGAUAAUGAAAAAGUAAUUUUGCCCUAAGAAGUGAUUUGCACACUUUUCUGCAGAUAGCCAUGGUGUAGCCUUUAAAAACAUUGUUGCUUUAAUCACUGCAUGUAUGUUGGGUCUCUUGUACUUAAUAUUCUGCACCAGCAAAGGUGGAUCUAGUCUCAUCUGCAAAGAAGAGUGGAGGUUUUCCAUGGGGUGGUGCAUAAGGAAGCCUUACUGGUCAAUGCACGCCCCUAUUCAGUCUAUACAACGUUACUAUCCCAACAUUACCAUAUUUUGAGAUGACUGAAUCCUGUUACGUUUGCGUUAUUUUUUUGUUUAUAAAGUUUAUAUCGGCUUUUUAUCGCGUAUGUGUGAUUCGACAGUUACUGUAACACAGUACAGUAAUUUAACUUGUUAAAGUGCAGUAUAUUUAAAAAUAAGACUGUAUAACAACGUCGACCUGUUUACAUAUUUAACCACGAUAUUUUACUGAAGCAUUUUCUCGUGAGCUCACAAAUCAAUUAAAUCGUUUCAAGAAAUUGACACGCGCCAACAGUAGAGGUCCGGCUAAUCGCUAUUUGAAAAGCGCUAGAGUAGAUAGCAAAAUCUAUUUAUCUUCUUUUAGAACGUGCCUUCAGGAAAACCACCCUUUUAUGAAGUGAUGUCAAAGGAAAUUGUGAAAAAAGAAGUAAGGCUAAUCAAGUACAUACCCAGUAGAAAACGUGUUGUACCAAAUAAACAUUAUAUCACAAAUUAUCACAUGUUCUUAUUUUGAAAAAGUUUGGAUUCGCAGAAUUUUUUUAAAUAUUCACUAUAUUUCAGUUUACCAAAAGGUAACAUUUAAUAAAUAAAGAUUGUGGGACACCUUUGUUAUUUUCGAUUAAAUUACAUUAAAUCCAAGAUAUUUUGAAACAUCAUUGCUGCCAGAGCAAUGCCUGCAGUUAUGGAUUGCCUAUGUCGUUGAAAAAAUUCGAAAAUUUCUUUUGAUAUUCUCUCAUGGCAAGUCAAACCCUCCUUGUUUUUGAACAAUUAUAAUUGUCGAAAAAUUUGGUUCUAAAAAAAGAAAUCUUCCACUUUAAAAACGUUCUAGCAGAUUGAUUAAAUACUACAGACAGUAUUUUAUCAAUGGGGCAACGUAUGAUGUACUGUUUAAUAAACGAGUAGGAGUGUUUUAUCACAUAUAAAACACGACGCGUAGCGGAGUGUUCUAUAUGUGAUAAAACACGAACUACGAGUUUAUUAAACAGCUUCAAAAACGGCUCAGUUAGAUUACGGCAUUGGCGAAAUAAUUUUCCAAAAUAACUUUGUAGUAGCUGAGAAAAUACAAGUUGAAAUUUGAAGCGUGUUUUAUCACAUAUAAAGACACGCCACGCUUAUGAUUUCUCUUUGUGUUUUCCUCAUGAAUUAUUAAUGAGUUUUUGAAAAUGGUUUAAAGAAUUGUAAAUUCACUUAGUAUAGGUUAAUUCGGUAAAUUCUCGUUGGUUAAAAAGUUGCGUGCAAUAGACACUUUCCAAGAUAUCUUUACCACGUCGUCUCCGCGGCAUUCAUCAUUUCGUCUACCGAUUUUGCUAAAUAACUUUGCGAAUUGCAUGCUGUCAAAAUUUCAAGACGGUCACAUUAUUGAAAGUUUGAAGGGUGUGUACGUUGCGUGAUUUUCAUAUUUAGUUGUAAGCUGUAGGCCAAUCAGAAGACUCAGAAGACACGUAGUAAAACUAGUCCAGUUGUGAAAUACUAUUUUGCGUGUUUCAUAUCCGCAGGCUGGUAACUCUCUGUGUAAUCGGCCCCUCAAUCAUUAUGUAAACUUUUGUAGGAUUCAUCGCCAAAGGACACGUUUGGAACUGAAGAUAACGACGACGCAAAAUACGAAAUUAUAUUCAAGUCAACAACAACUGAAAGUAAAGUAAGAAUUAAGAAAAUUACUUGUUUAAUUUCUUCGAAUUCCUAAAGACACUCCCUGAUAUUCGAAUGAAUAUAUGUGGAACGCUACCUCGACCAGAAAUUUGAAGCCACACUUGAAAGCCAGUGCCAGUCUUUUCACGCAUACAAAGAACGUCAGUCCGUCAACAUGAAUAUUUAUUCUUGAUAACCGGAUUUCAAAAGCUUUAUAACAGCGCUGAAAACUUUCUAUUUUAGUGCAAUUAUUAAGUUACACCUUCGUAGUGGAAUUAACUUUUAGUUUUUUUUCUUAUUAAAACCGCAUCCUCGCUCUUUAAGCUGCUCUCGCGAGGCAUCAACACGCAGGUAUUGACCCCCAGAUACACGUAUGGCUUCAAGAUUUGACUUCAAGAAAAGGGUAGGCAGUUUAGCUGAAGAUACCUCUCCAGUUACAUUCAUUUCUCUGUUUCAGCCAUUGAAUGUAAUGUAAGUGACGUCACAACACAUAAUACACUUCUGCUGGAAAGUACCUAGCCAAGGCUAUAGAGCCACAAUUUCGGGAUUGAGAUAACGGCUUUAGAGCCCUUUGUACUCUUGUUAUUAUAUACGAUUGCGAAACCGUGCAGUAUAUUGCGCGGCCCGACCGAUGUUUAGCAUCUCAGCACGGUUUAAAUAUAUUCGACCCCUUUCCCGUGAUUGAUAAAAAUGUCAGCCCGGGCUAAUUAUGUCUCAGUCUGGUUGAAGCUAUCAAGACUAAAAAUUUUAGGGUAGUUGAAUAAACAAGCGGGUUAAGUGGCUUUGUGAAAAAAUGGGGAAAAAAUAGUUUUUAAAAAAGGUUUUAAAAAAAGUUUUAAAAGAAUUUUAAAAAGCCAAAAAAAAAUUAAAUAUUUAGAUUUUUAAAAAAGUUUAAAAAGAUAAAAAAAUUUAAAAAGUUAAAAAAGUUAGAGGUUAAAAAAGUUAGGGUUUAGGGGUUAGUGGUUAGGGGUAAGGGAUUGGGGUUGUGGUUGGGGUUAGGGUUAGUGUUAGGUGCCGCUUAUUUAUUAUUAUGAUAAAUUCAAAAUGUGCCGCGAAUUUAUCAUAAUGAUAAAUUCGGACGUGUUUAAAGAAUUUACUUAUAUUGUAAAUUCAAAGGUGGAGCUCAUACUGGAACUGAAAACAUGCUUGAAGCCAAUUAGCCGUCAAAAUUUCGCAGGUAUAUUUCGGUAGAGGCAUAGAGCUGCUGAUUAUGGCCUUUAUUUAAAUAAAACAUUCAUAAUGCGAAUUCAAAAAGGCAGUUUUCUGGCAAAUUUUCUCAAGCUGUCCAUUAUUUUUGCCACACCAAAUCGCGUCAUUUGUUUGCUUGACAUGUUAUUCCCGCGUGACUGUAAGACCUGAAUAUUCACUUAGAUAUACUUGGUUAUCUCUAGAAAUCACAAGAAUGCGGCAAUGAUGAUGAAGAUUGUCAAUUGCCAAACUCUGGCAGUGGUGAUGAUACGUUCAAUGCAAGACGUACUUACUCGCCUCCCAAAUUUCAGGUAUUAACCAUAGAUGGAUUUCAGAUCUUGCUCGGGGGGGGGGGGCGAAAAUUCGCGGUGAGUGAACAAGACGGCGGAUAGCGCUGCCGAGCAAGCUUCAGCAGGGGCCUGCGGCACAACCACUACACAGCGUAAGGAAGGGGGCCCGGAUAUUUUGAGAUUUCGGUGUUGGUUUAGUUAAAAAUCCAUGUUUUUAGUCUUAUUUAGUUCAAAAUCCUUAUUUCAAUCAUACUACUGUCAAAUUCUCCAAGUCUGAGGGGGCGCAAAAUAUUGGAGAGGGGGUUCGCAUCCUCCUGCACCCCCGAGUGCAAACUCAGCAGAACGUUCUCUUGUCACUAGGGGGAAAUGAUGAAAUUCAUGAGCUGAUACAUUUAGUCGUUUCUUAAUAGUAAACGCUUUUCUUUUCCAGUCUUAAUACUCCCAUUAUUUGACAGACAUUUCCCCCUCCAUUUCCAUAGACUCGCCCAUGCACUUGACGUUUGACAGCGGUGUUGGUAUUAACCCAUUUGAGCAGCUAGGGCGGACUGAGUGGUCGGGGGAACCGUAGCUUCAUUUGAUGAAAAAAAAUUACAUUUUGUUUUGUUUCGAAGGUCAAUAGUGCAAGCAUAUCCGUAGCUGUGUAACCAAUCAAAUUGCGCCAAAAGUAUUAUAUCUACCUCCCUAAUAUAUGAUAUAAGUUUGUUCCUCAAGCUUUGUAUUCGGAAAACAUCUGAACGUCCAACGGGAGAAACUGUUUCUACAGAUUGCCGUUUCAGUUUUAUCACAAGGGCUAUACAGCAAUGCGAUGUUAAUUAAAGACCUGGUUCCUAUAUCAUUUUUAUAUGCGUCCUUUGUACAUUUUCACCAUAUCAUUUUGUAAUGCGAUGUUUGUAUUGAUACAUAUGCCAAUGGUUUCGAUGUCCCUUCGCAAACAUAAUGGUUUUGUCCCACUAAAGUUUUGUUAGUAUAGGUAAUCAUGCGAUGGCGAGUACAAUUGGGGAUUAAUAGUACGAGUGAUGUUUGAAAUUUUGCCAAAAUUGAACGAGCCGCCGGGGCGAGUCCAAUUUGGCAAAUUUCCAAACAUCAAGAGUACUAUUAAUCCCUAAUUGUACGAACAACAUCGCAUGAUUACUUGUUUAUUAUUAGCAUGACAAAAUUAGAUACGUACUUCUCAAUGUCAACGUCGUAUUCUCUCGCCAAAGCCCAUCAGUCCUGCCAGACUUUCAACCAAAAUUUGGUGCUUUUGUUUGUAUUUUCAUUUAGUUCUUUUGUUCAAGCAAAAUUUUGUGCUUUUGUUCGUAUUUUCAUCUAGUUCCUCCACUUCAAUUUCAUUUCGCAAUUGUGUUUAAAAUACCUUUCCCCCAUUUUGUUUGUUUUGGGAAAAUCAUUAAUUGUACUGCAGUACAAUUAAUGAAAUAGUUGUACUCCUCUCAACCAAUCAGCAUCCAGUAAUUUUGUCAUACUAGUAAUAAAUAAUGUAACAAAUUUUGUCAUUUCUCUUCAUUCACAACAACUUAUGUUUAUUGCGUUUAACGUUUUUAAACUUCUGUAAAUUUUUCUUUUAUUUCCCUUUUUAUGUUCUUUGAAUCUCUGGAAUCUAUAGCUUGAACCGCAAGUUUCGGGUAAUUAUUGUUUUCUCUUUUGAACACUGAUGUAAACAUAUGAGCCGUAGAAAACUUUGUACACUUCAAAUCGCUGAUGAUUGAUAAUUUGAAUGUGAGUUUGCAUAUGUGCUAAUAUUUUCUGUUCCCUGUUUUAGUUGAAUCAAGUCUACGGCCUCUGUUCCGGGAUACUUCGUUCCUGGAACUCCCACCACUUGGAAAGGAUGCCCAAGACAGCAUCGAGGCAGAAUUGGAAAUAUUGCCGUUAGAGGGAACUGGAAUAUUGCUCUAUAAUGGCUGGGAAAGAAACAAGAUUGGGGACUUUAUUUCACUAUCUAUCCAAGAUGGUUUUCCGGAACUUAGUUUUGACUGCCGGUCUGGACCCGUUAAAAUAAGGUAAGACACAAUUUUGCGUCUUGCAUAGAUUCCCAUGCUUGUGACAGGAAAAUACUAGUUGACGUUAAAACACCUUCGAAACUGUCACCUUAUGAAUUCAAAUUGCGUUUUAAACCUUCCAGUUUUAUGCAGAAGCCAUUCUUAAACUCAAAAAUUCACUUAAUUUUCAAAAUAAUUUUGGCGGUAAAGAUACCAGCACAUCCCGAACUACCCUGCUUGCAUAAAGUUUUCGCAAAUUGUGCGGUUUUUUGCAGCGACCGUUUUCUAACUGUGCACUUUCUUUUGAUAUACCCUAUAGUAUUCUCAGAGAAAUGGGGCCUUAGAGCAUACACUUCUUACCUGUUUUUGCCUGUUGAGUCGUAUACCCAACUAUUGGAAGAUAUUUUUGUUCUAUCACAGCGGUGUAACAGGCUAACCAGGGCCGAAACUAGUGGGGGUGGAUUUUUUGGGAGGGACACCCCCCAUAUUGUAACAUUGUAGUUUCGUCGGGCAAGUUUAACAAUUUCAACGACACGCAAGUCGGGCCAAAAAUAUGUAAUUGAGCAAACAAUUUUACAUAAUUUAUCGAAAAGUAAUAGUUGUUGAGAAAAUUUUGAUAAAUUUACGAAAAUAAUGAAAAAUGUUAAAUUUAUGUCCGUCGGACACUCACUAAUGAUUGGGCAAAACAAACUCACCCCCCACCCCCAAGCCGUAAUACCGACGUUUCGGCCUUGAGGCUAACUUCAUAAGCAACCCUAACUCCAGAAUAUGCAAAUCUUGUUUGAAACAUUUUAAUUUCAUUACAACAUCAUUGUGUAUUUUUCAACCUGCAAUGAUGAUGCAAAAUGUAUUUUAAGGACGUUGAAAUCUAUUAAAAUGUACGCAUGGAACAAGAUCAAAUUUUUCCGAACUGGAAGGCUUGGUAGCUUGACAUUAAAUGAUGAUCAUUCUGCUAUGGCAUUGUCUCCUGAACCUCGCAGUGCUUUGACUCUAAAUAGAAACCUAAUGGUAGGUGGAAUUUCUGAAGAAAUGCGAAGUGAAGUGGACAUCAAUGUUGGUUUUCACAAAGGGUUUACUGGAUACAUUCGUAAUGUGAGUUGUUAGUAUAGAUUCAGUUUUAUAGUAUUUGAGAUUUUUAUUUUACCUUUAUAGCCGGUUAAAGACGAGCACGUUUUCUGCAACAAACUUCAUAUGACAAAAAUUAUUUGCUCGGCUGUAUAUAGCCAACUAUGCCAAGUCUUUCUAUGACAUGUACAAAAUCUAAUAAGCUAACUGCCCUAGUUUGGGAGAAUAUCUUACUAUCGCCAUUUAGAGUUUCUUUACAUUCCAAUCAUAAAAAUGUGGGAAUUUUUGUUGCAUAAGCAUCGUAAUAAACGGUCUCCUCACACGAAGGCUGCUCUUCGCUUGCCAAAACAAUAGUAUCCCUACCAUUGUGAAGUUUAAAUUUACCUUGGCCGGUCGUAUGCACAUAAGUAAAGUUUCCUCAUUCAAAAGCUGAUGUGUGUCUAUAGUUUUUGAAGACGGCUCCUUUUCAAGAAAUAUCUGUAAAUAUUCCGCGAGCCAGCGGCUCCGGGCGUGAGCCUGUGGCGAGGGUAUUAAUUCCGCUGGGCUAUAUUUACCCGGGGAAAGGAAGGCAUUAUAGCGUCAUAUUUCAUCAAUAAUCAUGGACGCGUGACUAUGGUUUAUGGGUGCAUGGGUGGUUAUCUCACUUAUCGCAAAGCCAGGAGUGAGGGAGUUUGCCAGGAGUGAGGGAGGCAGAAAUUUUAAAAAAAUGUAAGAAAGAUUGAAUAAUCGAUUCACAUAAUAGGUUCGGUUGUAAAAAAUUAUUUUCAAUUAUUGGAUGAACGCAAACAUUGAGAAUUUUUCGGGAUGAGAAAUCCUAAAAAAAUAGGGUAAGUUUGUUUCGACAGUACAUGUAUGACUUUGUCUUGAUAGACUUUGUUUUUGUUGUUCAAGUAUUUCCUAUGCAUUGUAUUCGAAAGUUUCACUUAAAUUAACUUCAGUUUAAGUUUUUCUAAAUGCUCAUAAAAAAGGAAAGCAAAUCAUUUUCAUUAGUGUCCUGUCUGAUUUAAAUGUAUUUCGUUUCAAAGUGCGAGUAGUAAGUUAAAGGGGUUGUUUCAUCCAUGUAUUUCUAGUUAAUCAGAGAUGUUAGCAAAUGAAGCCAUGCCAAGGAAAAUUUGUCUUGGAAAUUAAGGUUGUCAAGGGGAACUUAUCAAGUAGAAUUUCCUCGUGUUUGAUAACAGGGGAUUUAACUUAUUUUCGUAACAUUGGCCAACUCAAGAAGGCAAUGCUCCAACGAUCUCGGAUUCUUUCUUUCAGGAAAUACUAAGUUUAAUGCAAUUCUAAGAGUUGCUAAUUACAUGCAAAUAUUACCAAAAUGCGGGUUCCAUGCAUAUAGUACAUUAAUUAAACUAGUUUCAUUUUUUCAAUGUAGUUGAAAAUCCAGGGGAAAGAAGUGGACUUGAAUUCUAUUCCUAAAAGUGUGAAGAAAAAUCCUUGUCUAUCUUCACGAUGUGAACAUGAUGGUCAAUGUGUUCAAGACGGCGAAGGUUACUCGUGUUUGUGUAAAGCACAAUAUCGCGGACGUCAUUGUAGUGAAGGUAAGAACGUCUUUGUGUAGUAUUUGUUCACUCUCAAAAUAACUACUCAGGUUCAAAUUUCAUGGUCAAGCUAGAACAAACACUAUUUGGGUUAACGUAAUAUUCCUUUGUUAACUUUCCUCGAUAUAUUUGUUUCACUUCCUAUCUGGUUAGAUUUGACCAAGACGUCGGCCUUGUUAAAACAAUCUUGUUAAGUUAACAUAGCUAGGUAAAUAUGUAGCCAGAGCCCGUGGUUAUUUACUGUAUCUACCAAGUAUAGUCUAGCUAAUUGAACCUGGACGACUUGGUCAAAUUGCCAGAUUGUAGUGAGAAAAACUCUUAAAUAACAACGAAAUUUAACCCAGAAUAAUAUUUUAACCCAAAUAAGGCUAAUUAUAUUAAGGGAAACGUUCACCAGAGUGUUUUUAAGACUUUGUUUUUUCUACUUUUGUUUAGUGUGUUUUGUAGUAGUAGUUUGACAUCUGCAUGCUUAUAGAAAUCGAAAACAAUUACAUGCUGUCCAACCCUCGCCAAAACUACGCACGCAAAUAUUUCCCUAUUUAAGCAGGUCGUACCAACCGGGUGGAGGGCUGGGGGGGGGGCUUCAGCCCCUCCUCCUAUAAUUUAGCAAUAAACUAGCGAUAAUCUGUAAAGUUUGAGAGAGAAAUAAUGACCUAAUUAUUGCCCCGGACUAAUCAGCCCCGCCGCCCCCCCCCCCCAAAUACAAAAUUACUCCCUACGGUAGUGUUAAGCUACCGUCCUUUUGGAUAUUUUAUAUAUGUCAAAACCAUGCACAAUUGUUGACAAUAUAUGCUCGGGAAAAUGGCCGAUAGCAGACUGUUUUUCUGCACAAUCUUUUUCAGUGCAUGUAAGCACUGAAGCAAAGUUUAUUGAUGAACUCUGCAUGUAUAAGACGUAACAAGGUCCGACCACUACAGCGUUUUGCAUUCGGCAUUCACUUUUCAUGUUUAUUUAUAGAAAUUGACCUGAAACCAAUUUCGUUCCAUAAAGACAGCUAUGUUCGUUUCAACAAAGCAGCCUUAAUGAAAAUGUGAGUAUAUCGAGUGAAUUCAUUAAACAAAAUACUUUGUUAUAAAUGUAAUGGCCGGGUUGUGGAUUCUAAAAGAAAGGUAGUCAAGUUUCUAUUUGUGUUAGAUUGAGAUUAGAUUAGGGUUAGAGGUUAGAUGUUAAGGGAUAGGAUUAGUAUCAGAGUUUUCUCUAGAUAGAUGAUUAUUAUGUAUUUGUGCACUUUUGACAAUUGAUUCUAUUAAUCUAUUUAUCCCGGAGACUGUGCUGAUUUGCCUGAUACGGUAACUGCCGUGUGACAAUGUUACUUUAACUAAGCUUAAGACACUAGCAUUUACCUCCAUAUAUAUCUGAAGUAAGAACUUGAUUCGAUAAUGUGAAGCCAACGAUGGCGGAAAUGGACGUCCAGCUUAUGCAACUAUUGGUAUUUAUUAUAUAUAUACAGUAGUGUGCCAAUUUCCCAAACCAAGCACGAAAGGGCAUACGCGUACAGUAUUAUGAAAAUCAUUGGGGAGAGAGGCUGAAGUCUCUUGAACAGUUGGUUGAAUGAUAGCUAAUGAUUUGUUAAUUGUUUGACUAAGAAAAUGAAUUUCAUAUAUUAACUGAGCCCUAUAGAUAUUGAUAAGACUUGCAACUGAACUGUCACUUCGCGUUUGAUCAUGCAUCGCGAAUCUUAUCAAUUAACUAUUCUCAAAUUUGAGAGCUGUUUUAAAUUCAGUUGAUGAGAGCUGUUGAGAGUUUUGCGCAUUGCCAGCAUCGUAUGUUAUCUCUUAGCCUGCGCUCAUUGAUCAAUGUGCCUGCCACGCAGGCUAGUAAUCUCUAAGCAGAGGCCGCGGAAGCAUUUCGAAAGUGGAGGGGCAUUGGCCAAAAGGGGCACUGUUGUAUGACAAAAAUCAUGCUAACGAUUGUAUGUCGUUCAUGGAUGCUCUAUAUAACGUCGGGAAUGACCUUUAAACAGAGUCUUUAGUACUGCAAAAAGUGCACUUUAAUUCUUUGUGGCAAAAGAGUGCGUUCAUUCAAGAAACACAUUUUUCGUUCUUUAAAUGGGACACUUUAGCCAUAAAGAAGGACAUAUUUUUCACUUUUAAGAAAUGGGGGACCGGGCACAUGCCCCCGUUGCCUCCCUCGGUUCCGCGGCUCCUGUCUCUAAGAAACUAUAUAUGGAGGCGAGUUACCGGUUUACAACCCGGUCAACGUAAGUAUCCAGCACCAAACGUAACCAGAGUUGUGCAUAUGGAUAUUUUAAAAUUUGUUUGAAUUUUUGUCCAACCUUUAUUUUGAAAUAAAAUAAUGAGUAUGACCGCGAACAUAUUUUUAAAUAAUGGUAGAUCAUGUUUGUAUAAAUUUUGAUCUACUUUUGAGAUUUGAGAUAUUUUGAGGUAUUCUAAUUCUGCUAGCUAUAUAGAGAACUGUACUAAAAAGUCCGCCAUAUUGGAUUUCAACAGAAUUAAUUAAUUUGGUUAGAAACUUGCCAUGUUGUCCAAGCAUUUCUGGCGUACUGUAGUGCUGUAAACUUUUUACCGUACAUAUUUUGAAGAUUACAAGGCGAAGAUGGGUUUGUGAUGUUUUCCAUCAGGACUACGCAGCCUAAGGGAUUGUUGAUGUGGGAAGCACAGGUAAAGUAUAACAUUUCUUGUCCAGUUUUCGGUAUAUUACUGAGGUACGUUUCCGACGUGAAUCUAAUCUCUUUGAUCUUCGUAUAUAUCGUAUGAUCAUCAGGUAUAUAUAGGGAUAUCGAAGGACUAGAUUGGGGACAUAUGCCGUAUUGUAAUGUAUCAAAAAUGGAAAUAUGUAUCUACACGCUCAGUAAUAAUCCAUAAGAAAAUUUGAUUGCCUGAAUAUUAAUCAGGCAAAGUACUGAAUUAUUUCAAUACAUGUUCGGUGACAAAAAACAAUAUCAUAUCUUCUUUAUGUCACCCUGCUAUAUAUGUCCCUGUUAAAGGCACAUAUAUAUGAUAAGUAUGGGUUACCAUGCAUAUGAGGCGCGAGGCAAUUAUAUUCCCUCCUUGCUCCUUCGCCGCAUUCUUUCGUCACAUUUAUAAUAUAGCCCCUCAAGUGAUAUGAACUGAUAACCUAUACAUGCUACACUGCAUGUACAAUAGAUAUAAGUUAAAUCUCUAUGUUUAUAAUCGCUAACUGCAACAUUUUAUUUUACCAAUUUGAUUUUUUCAGAAAUUAAGCCAGCACUUUCAAAGAUAUGUGACGGUUGGCCUUACAGUUGGUUUCGUUUCACUAAGGUAGAUAUAAUAUUGAGAGUUGUGUCGUACCAAUCAAUCAUACGCUGUAGUACUGCCCGUCGCGUCGUCUCAAAAAUAAAGAACUAUUCUAAGAAUAAAUCGUCUCACGUUGGAUUUUACUAUGAACUUGGUGACACAUUCUGAGCCGGAAAUACGCGUUAACAAUUUGUCCUGAAAAAUUAUCCGACCAAAAUGAAAUUUGAUCGGAAAUUUUUCGAAUUUGGUCGAAUUUUGGCGGGAUGCAUUACAUUUAUCUAAAGCCACGUGACUACAAAUCAGCCAAUCACGUUUGGUGUUCGAAUUCACACUAGCUAUAUAACAAUUAUAUUUGUAUGAUCAUUCCUUACUAUUUUUAAACUUUUAAUACUUCGUUGUUUUACACGUCCUUUGUGGAAACCGACUUUAGCUGACAGCGUUGGUGCAGUUAAAAAAAGUGUAUCAUCAUCAUCCAUCAUCAUUAUCAUUCAUCAUCAUUCAUGCAUCAUCAUUCAUCAUCAUUCAUGCAUCAUCAUCCAUCAUCGUCAUGAUAAACCUAGUAUUUAUAAGUUAAAGCGCCUUCGUAAACAUAAAUUGUAAGAUUCUAAAACCGAAUUGUACUAUUUUAUUAUAGCUUUAACUUUGGUACAGGAAAGCGUCAAUUUUACUCAAAUAUCCCUGUCGAUGACGGCAAAUGGCACAACGUUACAGUCGCUAGGUAUGAUAAGGUUAAUAAUUAUACCAAACGGUCAGUGCCAUCGUGCAUGUAGUAACGGUCUUUGAAGUUGUUGGAAAUCUUUAACUUUAAUUUGAAUGUAGGUCUUCAUGUAUGCUAUUUUCUAGCUAACAAACUAGAUUGAUUGCAGCAAGAUUUUCACAAAUAUUAUUCAACAAUGCAAUUUAUCGGAGCUAGAAUGUUAGAAAGUAAACUGUUAGAAAAAGUUUGUAUUUGAACGAAUAUCAAACUACGUAUACAUCCCCCGGAGCGGGCCCUACUGCAUGAAGCGGCUUAUUGUGAAGAUUUGGUGGUGAUGGUGAUAUAGCCUACUAUGUGAAACUUCUUGCAAACAAUCCCGCCAUUUUUUAUUUACCGUGUUUUAGGAAUGAAGGAUCCUGCUCUUUAACCAUCGAUGAGAAACACAAGACGCAAUUCAGUUCGUCAACCAAUGGAUUGUCGAUGAGAACAGCCGUUGACCUUUACAUAGGUAAUUUUAUAAUUUAUUAUUUCAUGCCUGGUAUGCGUCCACUCACUUUUGAUAUUAAAGUUGGUUCAAGACUCACCGGGGAAACUCCCCCUAUAGUGAGAUCUACGUGACCCAUGCACGCCACUGGUGUAUAGAACUGAAUAGAUAACAAGGUGCUCUUAAAGAGGGACGGAGUGACAAGGCGUAGAGGGUGCAGGAAGGUAAACAUGCAUGAUCAUGGAAAGUUCCUGUAUUCAUUUUUGGCUACAGUAAUUCUUAAAUUAGUGUUUUUUGAAGAAAGGACUUAAUCUUAAAUAAAUGAUUCCGAUAUAUCGAAGCCAUUUCAUGUUGGAGCCACAUAAUUGACCUGAUAGUAUGAUCAUAGUAAUCAAGUACAGAUUACUAACAUCAUUAUUGCAUCAUGACUCAGAGUUAAACUUUGAGCCAGUUACUUCAAAAUAUUCUUACAAAUCCUUCAAAACUUAGAUUAAAUUUGACAAAACCAGUCAUAUAUACACAAAAAUAAUUCAUCCUAAUCACGUGAGCUUCACGGCAAGCCCACUGGAUUUCCAGUGAAGAAAUUGAUUUUCUAUUCUUUUGUCUAGGUGGUAUACCCAGCAUCAAGAGUGCAACGAAAGGAUUGCACAAAAUAGGAUUUAAAGGCUGCUUGAAAAAUGUUCAGAUCAACUCGAAGUUCCUCGAUUUUGACCGUGAUUACAUUGCCUCUCAGGGCACAGGGCAUUGCAGUGAUACCUGAAAUAUUCCAUCCAGAUGAUCGGAGAUUUGUAGAAUUGAUUUAAAAUAUGCAAAGAACUGCUGCAAUAAUUGUAGCGAAUGCAGCAAGCUGUUGCAUAUAAAGAAUACAUAAAUAACUUUACGAGAGUCAAAUGCAUACGAGCAUUUAUCCGACCUUAAUUGUAGGUUAAUUCUAUUUAUCUCAAACAAACAAUUAAUUAAGUAUUUGACUCUAUCAAAACUGUUACAUGUGCUAGAAUGCAGGAACAUAGAUCAGAUAUGAAUUUCUAAAUAUUUGCGAAGCAAAUAAUAUAGUAAAGUUAUACCUAAAUAAUCCUGGGAUAUCCAUAUAUUUCCUCGAACUUAGUCGUUUGAGGGUUAUUUCAAAAAGCUUUAAUUUAUUACUGUAGUCAAGUUCCUCAGCUCUCAAUCUUGAGCUGAAGUCGGGACCGCGUCGCCGUGUUUGUCGCACCGUCGUGUUUGUUCCGUCGUCUAAUCUAAAUAGUCUCUCUAUUGAAUUAAUGGCCGCGCGUCUAAAUGUCAAAAAGAAAUAUUACUCUUAACCUUUUUUGCGUUAGUCGCGAAUCACGCGAAACAGCUGCAAAGCAUGUGAAUUCAGAAAGGCAUUCUAUCGCUAAUUCUUACAGUGUGUUCCUCUGCUGUCCAUCUUUUUGCAAAUAAGCCAUUAUUUUUGCCACUCAAAAUCGGGGAUUUAAUUUCUAAGUGUGACGGAAUAUUCCUAAUAAGGCUAUAAAUAUAAGAACCAUUUUGUUAUUAUUUAUUAACUGCACUCGUAUAUAAACAGAACGCAGAGUGGGUAACAUUCUGAUUACAUUUGACAAUUAUAUCUAGAAUCCAUAUAUACCGUAAAAAUGUUAUGAGAACUGUGUGUCUGAUUGUCCACAUAUAUCCUGUUAUAGUAAACAUUAUAUUUCUUUUCAUUAAUAAUUUU